GUGACAGUCUCCUACAAAAAUACAACUUAUGGACAAAUACUUCUUAGGCCUUAUUUUGUUUCAAGGGGAAUACGUUUAAUUGUUAGUGAAACAGAUCGUGAAUACAUGGACAUUUCAUUCACACUUGAACUGUACGGGUGCAGAUCGGUUCUAGAAACACAAAAAUUUG